AUGCAGUUUGAAACUGCUAUUGCUAUGCAAAAGCAGUACCUGGAUGCUUUGUAUGCCAUGGUGGAUCGCUUAACUAAUGAGGAGCUUAACUCGCUUACGAUCACCGCUAUUGAGUCAGUGGCAACACAAAGCUCCAAGAUUUGGCUGGACAUCACUAACUUGAACUCGCUGAUCUUUGAGACGUACCCGGAAGUACUUGAACACGAGUACCACGUCGGGAAUCAUUAUACUAACGCUCACGCCACCUAUGCAAUCUUGGAGACCCGCAUAGCCACCCGCAAAGACGUCAUUCAGCAGGAGAUUGAUGCCAGAGAAGCCGCACAAACGCAACAAAACCUGGCUAUGCACAGCACCGCCUUCAUGGGAGGCUCAUCGGGUACUGGACUCCCAAAAAUUAAGCUCCAGAGCUUCUCUGGAGACUUUAAGCGCUGGGGACCAUUUUGUCAGCUCUUCUCUGAUAUUGUUAUUGACAAUGCACUUCUGAAAAACAGCCAGAAGAUGCAUUAUUUGAAGACAUUCACCAAAGAUGAAGCACACCAGCUUAUUGGAAACAUGUCAUCCACUGAUGAGUCAUUUGAGCCCGCAUGGAACCUUUUGAAAAGCCGCUAUUCCAAUCCUCGCCACGUUGUAUCAUCACAUCUUGAAGACCUGCUGGUUGGUGAGUCUGUUCCCGCUAGAUCAGCCGCUAAAUUGGAUUCCUUGUUACUAUCCAACCAAAAGGCUCUGGAUUCCAUCAAGGCACAAGGAGUUCGGGUAGAUCACUGGGACCUCAUAAUCAUACACCUGACGCUACGCCGCUUGCCGCCCGCCGUUAGAGAAGAUUGGGAGACCAGCCUGGGUCUUACUGAUAACAUGCCGACUUACGUUCAGCUCCACGAGUUUCUCAAGUCCAAAGUCAGGGCUUGGGAGAACUUGGAACCCGCUUCGGAACCCAAGAAGCAAUCUGAAGGUCAUAAAUCCGGAGGCUCACGCAGUAAUAAACCUCAGAAGACAACAUCCUCUUACACCGCUACUCAAUACAAAGCAAAGCCCAGAAGAAAUUGCCCGCUGUGCCCUGAGGAACAUUACAUGUUGUUCUGUCCAAUCUUUAAGGCCGCUACUUUGGAGGAACGAAUCGACAUAGUCGAAAAAUACCGCCUGUGCUACAAUUGCUUGGGCCCGCAUCGCGUCGCUGAUUGUAAGACCGCUCAAGGAUGCAGGAAGUGCAGUCAACGUCAUCAUACUUCCAUCCAUCGAGAUACACCGCCUAAAUCUGCACCACAGACACUUGCAGACAACGCACAAGAUCCGCUGUCCGCUCAAGUAUUGCUAGCUACCGCUUUAGUCCAGGUCCGCCCACAUCAUGGUAAUCCAAUCACCGCCAGAGUGUUGAUUGAUCAAGGUUCAGAGCUCUCAUUUAUGAGACAGUCGCUCUUCAAGAAGCUUGGACAACCGCUACAGCGUGACAUGGUCAUGCUCAAGGGAAUUGGCAAUGUCUCCGCAGGAAGCUCACUAGGUGUGAGCACAAUUGAGCUUCGUUCGCUGUGUACGACCGCAUCAAUGCAUGUCAGCAUGCAUAUUCUACCAACACUGACGGUAGAUCUUCCAUCGUUCGUGAUCGCUGAUCCGAAAUGGCUGCAUCUUGAGAAUCUCAAGCUCGCUGACCCAUAG